AUGGCGCCGCCCCGCAAAAGUCACACCAAUAGAAACUCACGGUUUAUUUCCUUCCGGAAGCUUCUGGCACCCUCCAGUCUGAUGUCCUCCAACUUAUGGCCCAGCGGCAACCUAGCACCUCUUCUGCCCGUCGAGGAACUGGAGAACCGGAAGUUUGUUGGCCAAGGCGGAUUCGGCACUGUGUUCCGGGCCCAUCAUAAGAAAUGGGGCAUCGAUUUAGCGGUCAAGAUUGUGAACUCAAAGACGCUUUCCCGGGAGGUGAAGGCCAUGGCACAUCUGCGCAACUCCUAUGUGCUGCUGCUCCUAGGAGUCACUGAGAAACUGGACUGGGACGGGGUGUCAGGGCCAGCUUUGGUGGCUCCAUUCAUGGAGAAUGGCUCCCUGUCUGGGCUGCUGCAACCUCAUUGCCCUCAACCCUGGCCACUUUUAUGCCGCCUCCUGCAUCAGAUUGUGCUGGGGAUGUGUUACCUGCACAGCCUGAACCCGGUACUGCUACACCGAGACCUCAAGCCCUCCAAUGUCCUGCUGGACCAAGAGCUGCACGUCAAGCUAGCAGAUUUUGGCUUGUCAACAUUUCAAGGAGAGUCACUGUCAAGGGCAGGGUCCAGUGAGCCAGGAGGCACCCUAAACUACUUGGCUCCAGAGCUGCUGGCUGAUGUAAACCAGAGGGCCUCACUGAGCAGUGAUGUCUACAGCUUCGGGAUCUUAAUGUGGGCAGUGAUAGCAGGAAGAGAAGCUGAGAUCAAGGUUCAGACAUCUCUGCUAAAGAUGGCAAUACAUGAUAAUCAGGUCCGGCCCCCUCUGUUGGAACUGCCAGAACCUGGGCCCAACACUCCAGGCUUGGAAGGGCUAAAGAAGCUAAUGCAGCUCUGUUGGAGUCAUAAACCCGAAGACAGGCCCUGUUUUCAGGACUGUCAAUCAGAAACCUCCAGUGCCUUGUCUCAGGUGCAGAACAAGGUGGAUGAUGCAGUCAUCAUGGUAAAGAAGUUUCUUUCUGAGCACAAGGGAAGUGAUAGAAGGGCGUCUAACUCAGGAAGGACUGAAAUGGACGCCCUGUGCUACUGGAAUGAUUCUGUGCUUUCCAAGAGCCUGAACAGCCUGCACCUGGAGGAAGACCGAAGCCCUAUUCCUGAAAAAUACAAGAGUCUUGCUGAGAAGACCAAGCAGGGAGAGCAGGAUGUGCAGAUUGGAAACAAUAACAACAUGACCAUAACUAAAAGGCCUGCCCAGCUCACAAAGCGUCCGGCACCUCCUGGCUUGGGCAGGGGCUGGCAGAAACCCCCAGGAGUAGGUUCCAAAGAAGGACCCUGA